CACUCUGACAAACACUCGCCCUAUUUUACUAACACGCCCUGGCAGCGAGCGCGCCCCCAUCAGGUCCCCACUGACACCAACUAGAGGUAACGUUAACGCUAAUAGAGGACCUCUAACUGACUCGAGCGCAUACACUUUGAACCUGCUGGGGCAACAUACCCCCUAUAUAAGGCGCGCCAGCCUCAGACUCGGCGCCUGAAGAGGUCCCGGAGCCAGAAGUACACCCCACCGGGCAGUUCGUCCUAGCUCCUGCCGCCACCCAGGGUUCGCCGCGGACCCCAGGAAAAAGUCUAUGUAUGCGCUAGGCUUCAUCGACAGUACUUCGGACAUGGAGCGUAAUUUCGGGUGCAGCCACUACGACGUGGGCUUCCGCAGCCUGGGGGUCGGUAGGGAGGAGGAAGAACAGAAUGAGACGAAGCCUACCUUGGCCUCGUUGCUUUUAAGUGGAAGAGAGGAGAAUACAGCGUCCGAACCUAAGUGCGGAGCGGCAGCAGUAAACUACGUUGGCAUGAGAGAGCCGAACCCCUUCGACGACGAAAACCUGGAGGGCGGCUUUGGCGGCGGCUUGGCGCCCCCGCAGCAGCUGGAGGAGCCGCCCCCCCCGGCUGCGGUGGGGCCACUGAUCGCUGAGAGGAAGCAGCGCCGCUACCGCACCGCGUUCACCCAGUUGCAGCUGCAGGAACUGGAGGACAUUUUCCAUCGCGUUCAAUACCCCGACGUGUUCACGCGAGAAGAGAUCGCAGGACGUCUAAAUUUGACUGAAGCCAAAGUGCAGGUUUGGUUUCAAAACAGAAGGGCCAAGUGGAGAAGACACCAGAGGGCAAUGAUGCUCAGAAAUGUGGCCCCUGUUGCCUUGGGGCCUCCUGUGGGAGUAAUCUUUGAUGGGCCCUAUCAUGCAAUCCCUGUUCUGGACCCGGCAUGGAGAUGUGUUCCUCUGGUGCCUCGGGGCCUUAUGCCUCCUGGGCCACCCCUAUACCCUGGGCCUCCUGGGCCACCUCUGCCACCAGGGCCACCCAUGAUACCUAUGCAACCCCUGCCACCUGUGCCUCCCUUUGUACUGGCCCCCGUAGGGGUGGCAUGGGCCCAUGUCAUCAAUGGUUAUUUCACAGGUCCCAUUUUCUAAAGUAUGGUCUUUGUGACAAUUUUUCCAAAGUGUUUUUUUCUGCCAGAUAUAAAUCGUGCAUAGUGCAAUAUUGACUAAUUCUUCAAAUACAUGUUAAAUGAAUUGAAUAACUGAACAAAGUCAGUGCCUGUUGCUCUUGUAGAGUACCUUUUCAAUAAAGCAUUUUCAAUAAAGUUUCAAAUAAGUAA